CGUGACAGGUGUUUCGAGCUUUGUAAACAAAACAAAAGGCAAACAAAUCGCGUAAAGUACAAAUAGAAAAGCGCUAAACAACUACGCCGACAAUUGGAGAAUUGAUUUCGAAUCCGAGACCCAAAAAACCAAAACGUGACACUAUUUCAAAAAAUGGAUGCAAAAAUGUUUCGCGAAUUUGGCAAAGCGGCCGUUGACUUUGUCGCCGAUUAUUUGGAGAAUAUACGCGAUCAUGAUGUGUUACCCUCCGUGGAACCGGGUUAUCUGCUCGAACAGUUGCCCAAACAGAUGCCCGAAUCACCCGAGGACUGGCAACACAUCCUAUCCGAUAUAGAUCGUGUGAUCAAGCCGGGCAUUACCCAUUGGCAGUCACCGAAUAUGCACGCCUAUUACCCCACCAGCGUCUCCUAUCCAUCGAUUGUCGGCGAGAUGCUCGCCAGCGGAUUCAGCGUCAUCGGUUUCAGUUGGAUCUGCAGUCCGGCAUGCACAGAGUUGGAGGUGGUUGUAAUGGAUUGGCUGGCCAAAUUUUUAAAGCUACCCUCGCAUUUUCUGCAUGAGACAGAGGGACCCGGAGGUGGAGUCAUUCAGGGAUCAGCCAGCGAGGCUGUGUUGGUCGCUGUGCUGGCAGCACGGGAGCAGGCGGUGCGCAGGGAGCGCGAGAUUCAUCCAGAGCUGAGUGAGAGCGAUAUACGUGGCAAACUGAUAGCCUACUCCUCCGACCAGAGCAACAGUUGCAUUGAGAAGGCGGGAGUGUUGGCUGCCAUGCCGAUCAAGCUGUUGCCCGCCAGUGAGGAUCUUGUGCUGCGUGGUCCGGCUCUAAAGGCGGCCAUAGAGCGCGAUGUGGCUGCGGGAUAUAUUCCAGUGAUCUGCAUUGCCACACUGGGCACGACGGGCACCUGUGCCUAUGAUGAAAUUGAAUCCCUGGCGAGUGUUUGUGAGGAGCAUCAGGUGUGGUUGCAUGUGGAUGCUGCAUAUGCGGGUGGGGCCUUCGCCCUGGAUGAGUGUGCGGACCUGCGCCGUGGCUUGGAUCGUGUGGAUUCCUUGAAUUUUAAUCUGCACAAAUUCAUGCUUGUCAAUUUCGAUUGUGCGGCAAUGUGGCUGAGGGAUGCCAACAAGGUGGUGGACAGCUUCAAUGUGGAUCGCAUCUAUCUGAAGCACAAGUACGAGGGUCACACACAGAUUCCCGACUUUCGUCACUGGCAGAUUCCAUUGGGACGACGUUUUCGGGCUCUCAAAGUGUGGAUAACAUUCAGAACCUUGGGUGCUGAGGGAUUACGUGCCCAUGUGCGCAAACACAUCGACUUGGCUGCCCAGUUCGAGAGUCUGGUGAAUGCAGAUUCUCGUUUCGAGUUGAUUGCUCCGCGUGCCUUGGGCUUGGUUUGUUUCCGGGCCAAGGGCGAUAAUGAGAUUACAUCACAGCUGCUGCAUCGUCUGAUGGAGCGCAAGAAGAUUUACAUGGUCAAGGCUGAACAUGCUGGUAGACUGUUUCUUCGCUUUGCCAUCUGCGGCAUGGAUCCCAAGCCGACAGAUAUUGAAUUUGCCUGGACGGAGAUUGAGACUCAGCUGACAGCUUUAUCGGCUGAGCAACAGGUGGACACACGCAAGCCUGGAGAAAUUGCAGAUUUAACACAGCACUUGACUGGCUUACAACUGACGGAUGAAACAUUGCAACGUUAAUAGGCCAAUUUAAAGAAAACACUUGCAUAAGCAAUAUUUAUGUUAAAUUUGCAGUUAGUUAAGGUUUAAUAAAUGGACACACUUACAC